AUGAAGCAAUCGAAUUUGGCUCCACAUCGAAAAGGUGAUUUGGCCACGCGUAGGAAUGAUCCAGUCAGACUUCUUGAACGAAUGAUUGGUCAACUCGUGGUUGGUACGACGUUUGGUAGGCGCUGGCGAAUCAGUCGACCCUCCUCUUUUGGUAGGACGAAUGGCCAUGUUGGGGUGGUUGUAGAAAGGACUGUUGAAGGGUGGGCGUCGGGGCGGACACGAGUUGAGUGGAAUGGAGGAAAAGGUUGUGUUGGUUGGGCUGUGCUAGUGGAUCGAGUUGUUGGGGCAGAUAAGGUUGGGUGA